CGUGCUCUAUUCGUGUGCCGGUUCGGAGAGCCGCUGCGAAACUCUUUCGGUUUCCGCGAGUUGAAGUAAUUAUUUUGUAAUAGACUCAAACGUAAUAAAUAACAUUAUAUUAAUUCACAAAUUUUUAAGCACAAAAAUCAAUUUUAACAGUUAAAAAACUUUGCAAAAGAAACCGACUCUUUUUAAAAGUGAUCAAAUUCGGAAAUAUCUUUAUUCACUGUAAAACUUUAUAAGUUAUUUAGUGCAAGUCAGGAUGAAAUACAUAAGUUACAAUAGCAUUCAAAUGAAAUGUCUUAUAAUAUUAUGUCGACUUUAACGAGUGAAGUGUAUAAAUGGAACAGAGUAUUAAAAACAUUAUCGAGUGAAAUGUAAAAAUGAAACAGUGUAUUAAAGGCAUUAACAAGAAGAGUGUAUAAAUGAAACAGUGUACACUUGAGUGUUACAAUCAUGGAGAUCGAAGAGUUGUUGAGAGUGAAUGAGACGUUGGAGGAGCUGUACGUACGAUGCACAAACUUGAGUGUCUUCGACUGCAGCGAAGAUGAGAUGCUCUGGUUUCUGAUGGGGCCGCGUCGACUGCCGCUGUACCGGAUCGUGCCGAUAUCGGUGUUCCUGUUGCUGAUAUUCCUGACGGGAGUGAUCGGGAACGUGGUGGUGUGUGUGGUGAUAGUACGCCACCCCGCGAUGCACACCGAUACCAACUAUUACUUGUUCAGUUUGGCGCUCAGUGAUCUACUUUUGCUGCUGUUUGGGCUGCCGUACGAUCUGUCCGUGUACUGGCACCAGUACCCCUUCAGUUUGGGAGUAGUUUUCUGCAAGCUGCGCGCGCUCAUCUCGGAGGCGGCAUCGUAUGUGUCCGUGCUGACGAUCGUGGCCUUCACCCUGGAGCGGUACUUGGCCAUCUGUCACCCGCUGCACAUAUACGCAGUCGCAGGGCUGAGGCGGGCUCUGCGUAUCGUGUUGACUCUAUGGGCUGUAUCUUUGGUAGCCGCAUCGCCGUUUGCCCACUACACGACUGUCAACUAUCAUGACUAUCCACCAGAAUCCGGCAACGCCUCCUUGGAGUCAGCGUUCUGUGCGAUGCUGGAGCUACCCUCUUGGCACAUCUGCGAGUUGAGCAGCUUCCUGUUUUUCAUCCUACCCGGCAUCAUCAUCCUGUGUCUCUACGUUCGGAUGGGUUUGCGCAUCAGGUAUGUCAUGGGGUGCAGUCACUCGCACACGGCUGGCGGCGCCGCCACUCUGAAUGGGGUGAAUGGAAGCGUUCACGGCGAAGCGAGACAAGCACAGUCCAGAAAGAACAUCAUACGGAUGCUGGCGGCCGUGGUGAUAGCAUUCUUCGUGUGCUGGGCCCCCUUCCACAUCCAGCGUCUGUUCUACAUCUACGGCGCCAGUAUCAAGUACUACCAAACCAUCAACGAGUACCUGUUCCUCGCCGCCGGUAUCUUCUACUACGUGUCUGCCACUGUCAACCCGAUACUGUACAAUAUUAUGAGUCGCAGGUACCGAAUUGCUUUCAAAGAAACCCUUUGCUGCCGAAAAAUUCGCCGCAAGAAGAGUAGAUACAGAGAGACUUCUAGCAUCCGAGAGACAAUGGUUAACUAUCAGUCUGAGGGGACGCAACUGGUGAGGGUCAAGUCUAGCCACGAGAGGCGGUCGCGGGAAUCCAGGUUACGAAACAGCAACCACAACUCAGAUACUAGCGACAGAUGGAAGGAGGGCAGGCUGAAUGGAUGUAGAUACAAGUGCCCGCAUGACACAUCAGUGCAGGAGUAUAGGUUUAAUUGACUUCUCGGAAAAGCAUUAUCGCCAAAUUGAUCGUGGUGUUUUUACGCCAUUGCACUUUUGACUUGCACGGCCUAUCUACGUCGAUGUUAUCGGUAAUAGCUAUUUAUAAAACUGUUGUGUAAUAAGGGGUUAACGAAUAUGGGUUUAUCACACGAGGCGAAGAGUGCUUUAAUACCUAAUUAUCAACAGUUGCAUUUAAAACCUUAUCUACACCCAUAAUAUGAAUCCUUUAUAAAAGAUUCUAAAACAGUUAGCUUACUGCUAACAUUAAAAAAGCCAGUUCUAGUAACCAUUACAUCAUCUAAACGAGUGUUGUAAUGUUAAUGUUGUACUAAAUUUUAUUACAACACUCGUUUGGAGGAUGUAAUAGUUAUAAGGACAUUGGGUGUUUUAAUGUUGGCAAUAAGCUGUUUUAGAAUUCUUAAUAGAGGAUUUAAAGCAUGGGUGUAGAUAAAUACAAUAUUUAGCGUUCCAAAAACCAUAUUGGGAGUACUACGAGUCACAAGAAUCUCUAGCUACUAAGAUUACAUUUUAAUUAUAUCAUAAUAAUCAAUUGUAAAUAAACAUCAUCUAAAUAUAUAUGUAUAACUUCAAAUACAUUGCACAAUCAAAAGGCACCUAAAUUAGCUGUGACUGUAAAUGUUGUUAUUGUAAAUAAAUAAGAUAGAAAUAAUUAAUAACAUUUAAAUAAAAUAAAUGUAAUUAUGUGGGGAAAAAGAGUGUUUGAAUUUUAAAUGAAAAUAUGAUAUCGUCGCUAUAGAACAUUUUUGGGACUUCUUCUUUGGCAGUCCUUGAUGUUAAUCUGGCAUUGCCUACUACAGCAUUCCGAAGAGACCAAUAUUGGUGGAAAUCUAAAGUUGCUAGAUCAUAAGAUAUAUGAUGGCGGUUAUUACCAAUAUAGUUUUACUUCUGCCGUACAGUCAACACACUAUAUUUUUCAAGUGGAAACUUCUUUUAGCACAGUACCCAUAUUUUUAGAUGAGAUACGCAGUUAUAGUGUGUGUAAAUAUACUUGUACAUAUAGCAGACCGCGAACGCAUCUAGAUAAAUAAAAUGUAUAUAUAUAAUUAUUAUAUAUUAUUCGAAUCAAAAUUGUUUAUUUCCUAUUUUAGUUACCAUGAACCUAUAGUUUCUAUUUUAAAUUGUAAUAAUUUUAAUGAUAAUGAUACAAGAGUUGUCGAAAUUGUUAACGAUGAUUCAUAAAAGAAUAGCAUUAAAUGUAUUUUAAAGUUUCUAAUAAUUAAUAAAAUACCAUACCUACAUAAAUAAGAUGCAAUUCAUAACCCAAUAACCCUAGUAGCUAAACCAAAAAUGUCUAACGCGCCAAAAAACAUUUUCACUUCUGUCAGCUCUUCCGGAGUGCAACCCGUAAUUUUUAUUUACAUAAGGUAUUUCUGUAAAAGUUUCAUUAAAAGUAUACGAUAUGUACAUAUUUCAUUUAUUUACACUGGUCUUUUGACAAAAUUUCUUUUAAGUAAGGUACUUCUUAUUUAAAAAAAAUUUUGGAUACAUUUUAAUUACAUUAAUAUCACCUUGUUAGGUUCAACAAAUUUAUACUUUUCACAUAAACUCAUAAAAAUAUGAUAUUAAAAGUAUUUUGAAUAGAAAUCUGUAUAGUACUAUAACUAAGUCUUUUUAAACUUUGUAAAUUAGCUUGGUAUGAACUAAAUUCAAAGUCCUGGUACAUAUUAAAUCAAGUCAAAUCAAAAUCACUUUAUUCAUGUACGUCAUGGAAAUGACACUUAUGAAUGUCAAAAGAAAAUCUUAUUGAAUCCGCUAUUUCGUAAAGGAUUGAGCUAAUGAGAAGAAGUAGCAAGAAAGUCAUUGACACUCUUUUAAAUCAAGAUUUAGAUUUUGAUCAUUUUACAUUUAAUUUCAAUUACAUUAUGUAAAGUGAUGCAACAAAAAUACUCAAACGUCAAAUAGUCAAUGCCUUACACGUGUAAGUCAAAAAAGUAAAUGUGAACUAAUACAAAACAAAAGUUAUUGAGUACAGUAGCUGCAACACACACCGUAAAUAAAUUACCGUAAAUUAAUUAGAUUUUUAUCGCUUUUAUCAAACACAUCGCUACAGUAUAAUUUUAUGUUGUAAAUAAUUGUCAUAAACUAUGAGAUUUAUUUUAAUUAAUUUAAAAUACCUAUAUCGUAAAUUAUUUUACUGUAAUUGUACCUUAAUAUAAAAUAAUAAAAUAAAUGUUAUUCUUAAGAAAA